UGCACCCCUUUCUGGCUCUCCUGCAAGGACAGAAGCUUGGCACACCACUUUUUAAAAUAAAUGGCUCUUUGUGAGUCACCUGGAGAUACAACCAUGGAGGCCCGAGAUGACACGAGCUUCAAACUAGAGAAGUCUCCAGGGAGACGAAGAGAAGCCCCACAUGUGCUCCAAGCAGGGAGUAUUGCAGAAUUUCUCAGGAGACCAGGAGAAGAGGUAAAACAAGAACCGGAUGAGUGGGAAAGUCAGUGGCAGGAGUUCCUGAAGACCGUGGAGUCUGCUCAUUUCCACUGGGGAAGCCCACCCAUGUCUGAGGAGCCUGUAAUCUGGGACGACGCCAAGGCCUUCCUGGCCUCCUUCGAGCAGGUGGCUGAGGCCUGCCGGUGGCCCAAGGAGGAGUGGGCGGCCCGGCUCCUGCCAGCCCUCAGCGGAGAAGCUGAGCAGGCCUUUCACAGUCUGGAUGCCCGAGACAAAGAGGAUUAUGGGAAAGUGAAGGCGGCCAUCUUGCGCGGGGACGCCCUGAGCAGGGAGAAGGUUCGCCAGCACUUCCGGCGCUUCUGCUACCAGGAGGCCGAGGGGCCGCGAGUGGCUUACGUCCGGCUCCAGGAGCUGUGCUGCCGAUGGCUGAAGGCCGAGCGGCACUCCAAGGAGCAGAUCCUGGAGCAGCUGAUCCUGGAGCAGCUGCUGACCAUCCUGCCCUCCCCGAUCCAGAGCUGGGUCCGGGAGCGUGGCCCGGAGACCUGCGCGCAGGCCGUGGCCCUGGCUGAGGACUUCCUUGUGAGGCAGGACUCGAACCAGCGACAGGCCGACCAGGUGACGUUGGAGGAGGAGGCAGGGUGUUGCCCCGUGGUCGACCCGACUUUGCCCGGUGCCGAAGGGAGGCAGCUCUGCGUGGGAACCAAGCAAGAAGACAGCCACCUGGAGACUGCCCUGCUGG